AUGGACUUUCCAGGUCACUUCCAGCACAUUUUCCAGCAGCUGAACCUCCAGCGGCUUCAUGCUCAAAUGUGUGAUUGUGUGGUGGAAGUAGGAGGGCGCAAAUUCCACGCACACCGCUCCAUCUUGGCAGCAUGUAGCUCCCAUUUUAAGGCUCUUCUCAGCUCCAAUGACGGCGCCGAUAAUGCUGGCGGGAAAAAAGGAGGAAAAGUCGGAGGGUCUGGUGUGAUGGUGCUCGACCCUGAGGUGGUGACCCCAGAGGCCUUCUCCACUUUGCUAGACAUGAUCUACACAUCCACUUUGUCACUCGGGACCUCAAACGUGAUGGAUGUGCUGCUGGCUGCUUCGCACCUCCACCUCAAUUCUGUGGUCAAGGCCUGCAAGCUCCACUUGUCCAGAAUAAACUUCCCCACCACAGCGCCUGAAGGCUGGAGGUCAGUGAAGAAGCAGGGGCCUCUAUUCUCUCAAUCCCAGGCCUCAUUAGAGGAGCUACCUGAUGAGAAUGGCGAAGAGGUGAGCCAAUCGGGAGAAGAUUCCCCUGAGCGCAAGAGAAAGUCACAUGACGGCAGGAUGAAUGAACGGAAAAGGACCUGCAGAGUGUCUGGAGGUAAAGAUAAUUGUUCAACUGUGACCAGAAGCACAAUGAACAUUGAGGAGGCAGGAGAAGUUCUUUCUCAAGAUCACCUAAAGGCGACUGUAAGCAUCUGGAAGGACCAGUUGGAUGAAGUGGAGGAGAAAUACGCCACAACCAUGACAGAGUCUGAGGAGAUCCAGUUGCCUAGCCAGUCGGAUAGUAGCGCAGGCACAGAAACUUUUGUCAAAGAUGAAGAUGGGCCUACAGUGGAAGCAGUGACAAUAAAAAAAGAAAGUACGACAGCCUCCUCUACUAAUCCUUCGCCAUCAUCUUCCCCAAAGGACGCCUCUGAACUAAACGAUGAAAAAAUAAGCAGUUUAGAUGGCAAAGUCCGUUGUUUACAAUCCCAGUUGUGCUCUCAGGUUCCCGAAAAGGAGUAUGGAGAUAUAUGCGAGGAUGAAGGUAGUGACAACAUUUCUUGCUUCCUAAAUCCUGCUCAUGAGAGUGAGGCAAGAGCUGUGCAGGAAGAAGUGAAUCUAGAAAGUCUCACAGCAACCGCCACUGCAGCGGCAGCUGCCAGUCACGCAGCUACAGUUGAUACAGGCCUGUUGUGUAUGGACACAAACAGUUCUUCAGUUCAAGCAUCAGAUUCAACUCUUGUUUUCCCAGUAACUUCACUCCCUUUGCGACAGCUGCUUCCCACUCAGGCUCCUGCUUUAGGUGACACUCUCAUCCUCCAGCCCGCACACAACUCCCUUUCUAUAAUCCGCGGUCAGCAGCCCACAUGGUCCUUGAAGCAACACGCGGGAUCAAACGGAACCACUUUCCGUCGUAUUGCCCCCAAAACGGCAUCGGUAUCCGAAGUAGAUCCCCCAAUGCAAACCGAUCGAGUGCCUUUGACCAAAGCUUCUAAGGACGUGUUAUCAAAGUGCAAGAAAGCUGCAGCUGCAGUUAACGUGCUUCUGGUAGAGGGUGACAAGAAGUACGCCUGCAAAAUCUGUUCCAAGACAUUUGCUAACUUGACAGACUGUCAAAAGCAUAUCCGCGUGCACACGGGAGAAAAGCCCUACACUUGCCUCAACUGUGGCAAACGCUUCAGUCAGUCAUCCCAUUUGUACAAGCACGCAAAGAACUCCAUCUGCUUGACCUGA